AUGGCUCGACCACCGUACCAAUUCAGCGUCUCGAUCAGAUAUGAUCCCGAGGGAAGAUGGGUGCACGACUGGGAGCAACAACGAUUCACCCACACUGGAUCUAUUACCUUUUUGUUAGAUAGAAAUGGGCCAAGCCCACGAGCUUACCCUAUCCCCAUCCGAGUACCCAUGAGACUUACUUUUCCAUUUCCUCCAGAUGUACAGUUUGUGCGACCCCCUACCCCACCUCCUGUCCCUGUAUUAUCACCCCCGGUAUUACCCCCAGGUUUCCUUAGACCUUUACGUCCUUCUAUACCAUAUUUACCACCUGUUGAACGGACUAGUUUAGUUGACACACUUUUAGCAAGACCUAUCUCUAUCUCAUCCACUUCCUCUUCGUCUUCCUCUAGUUCUUCAGACUAUCCUGAUUUUUCUCACUGUUCAAACACCUCUAUUGCUAUUGGAAGGAAGAGGACUGCUUCUCAAGCAGGACUCCUUCCUAAUUUUACCUCCUCUGAGUAG